GGUUUCUGUGGGGAAUGGCAACAGACUUCGUCUUUGGCAAGACAUUUGGCUUGGAGAAACUGAGCUUUCUUCUUCAUUUGCUAGUCUUUUUAAAAUCUCUAAAUCGUCUAACAUCAUGGUGCAAUAGGUAAUGGGAAGUUGGCAGCUCUCUCGGUCUGCUCUAAAAUGGCGCAGGUUGCUUCGUCUGGGAGACGUUGAAGCUCUAAAUCGUCUUUAGUUAAUGGCUGAUAAUGUCUUUUUGAAUAAUUUGCAACAAGAUCGGUUCAUUUGGAUGAAGCAGAAUGGAUAUACGUCGAUGUCGAUAGCUGGUAUGCAUUGGAAUAAUCUGCCACUAAUCAGUGAAUCAAAAAAAUGAAGGCCAUAGACGACAAGAAAGACAAGGUGGUGAUCAGAGCAGUCUCACACGAUGAAGAAGGCAAAAAAAGAGUAGAAAAAACAGAGCUGGACACACACAACAUAGACACAAUCAAAUACGUGGAGAAGAAGUUGAUGGAUAAAGGAGUCCAUCGCAUGGAUCGCCACCCGGUUAAAGGGAAAGGUGUCGGUGGUAUUGGGAAACCGCCGCCGAAGUCCGGUCACGGUGGAAAAUAUACAUGGGAAGGUCCUGCUGAUGUGGUAGAUUAUGAGCUUGAAGCUGCACCGCCUGCUCUUGAUGAGAAGGAUCCAAAUUAUGUUGAUGAACCGGAGGAAGAGAAGUCUCGUUUAGAGGUUUAGUUUAUGAUGAUUGUGGUGGUGAUGAAGCUGUGUUGAUGUUUGAAUGUUUUUUAUUUUACUUUAAUAAGAUUAUUCAAUAAUUAGUUGUGCAUAAA